AUGGCGUCCCCCGCGGCGCGCGCGGCGCUGACGCGCGUCGUCCCCUCCGCGUUCGGACGCCUGUCGCGGCGCGGCGCGCGCGGCCGCGGCGCGCUCGACGGCGUCGACCCCCGCGGCGUCGCGACGUCGUCGUCGUCGGGCGAGAAAAAAAAGCGCGUCGGCGGCGUCGCCGUUCGCGCGACGACAAGACUGUCGUGGUCCAGCGGCGCGCGUUCGUUCGCCGCCGCCGCGCACGUCGACGACGGAGAGCUCCCGCCGCAUCCCAUCCAGACCCAGCGCGUCUCGAAGCUGAUGUCCCAGCGCGGGAUGGCGUCCAGACGCGAGGCGGAGGCGCUCAUCGACCGCGGGGACGUCAUCGUGAACGGCGGAGAGGUGGCGACGCGAGGCAUGAAGGUGGCGAUCGACGCGACGAUCGACAUCGCCGGCGAUAGCGACGGCGGCGCCAACGCGCUGCUCGCGAAAAAAGUCACCGUCGUCCUGAACAAACCCCCGGGGUACGUCUCUAACCUCCCGUCCAGGGGCGAGCGCGAGGCGAGCGAGCUGAUCACGCCGAGGAACGCGAUAUAUCAUCACUCGACGGGCGGCGGCGUCGUCGGCGGCGGCGCGGACGCCGACGCCGCGACGCGACGCAAGCUCGAGGACGUCUGUCGCGACGCGCGCGCGCUGAACGUCUGCGGCCGGCUCGACAAGGAUUCAAGAGGCCUGCUCGUGCUCACCACGGACGGCGUCCUCGCGAGGGCGAUCGUGGGCGGGAACGAGAUCCCAAAGGUGUACGAGGUCGUCGUGGACGCGAUCGCGACGCGCGAGCAGUUGGCCGCGUUGAACGGGCCCGUCGCGCUGGACGGCGAGCGUCUGCUUCCGAUGCGCGUGGAAACGCUCGAGGGGACGACGUUACGGUUCGAGCUGCGCCAGGGGAAGAAGCGGCAGAUUCGGCGGCUGUGCGAGGGGCUCGCGCUGCGCGUGUUGGACCUGCGGCGCGUGCACGUGGGGACGUGCGACGUCGGCGACUUGCCGGAAGGGCGGUGGCGGCUGAUGAGCGAAGCGGAGUCGGCGUCGAUCAGAGCGGCGGGUUUGGCGGCGGCGGGGAACGACCCGAACCGCGGCGGGAGAGGCGGGAGAGGUGGGAGAGGCGGACGCGGACGAGGUCGAGGCGGGCGG